AUGAAAUACAUAAUAUUAAUAACUUUAUUUAUAAUAUAUAAUAUCUAUUUUGUCAAUGGACAGUGUGACUUUUCAAAGAUUGUUCAAAAAUACUAUGCUUCGCCAAGUGCACCUUCUGGCUUUAUAGUUGGUAUGAGAGUAGUCAUUACAAAGAACAAUGGAGAUAUUUACUAUCUAUCUGGUAAAUCUUUAUCUGCACAAUCAUUCAGCACCGGUUUGGCAAAUGUAGAUGCUUUCAUUGGUGUUUCUACUCGUGAUAAUGCUUGUUUAAAUGGUGUAUCACAACCAUUCGAAGCAACCGCUGCCAAGAUUACAUUUUUCGAUGCCAGAUCAUUUACUAUCUCUCCAACUGGUUUCGUUACAUUCUAUGCUAGUCAAACUGGCAAUGGAUUGGAGCCAGCAUUGUUUAAUAUAACAACAUGCACUUCAAAUAUCUUGCACGGUCUCGAUGAUAAGGGUAAUAGCUACACGUUCUAUUUGCAAUUGGGUGAAUAUCCAAAUAGAAUAGGUGGAAAAUGUUUAACUCUUUCCGUCAGCCAAAAGAUUAUGAGCAAUUGGAUGGAGGGUCCAACCAAUGUCUACCAAACCAAUGUAAACUUUACCAACACAGGAACUAGUCCAGUUCAAUCUCAAGAUCUUGUUGUUAGCUUUGAUGAAUCCAAAGUCAGAAACUAUUGGGGAUUAGAUAAGAUAUCAACAAAUAACUUCAAGUUACCUGCUUACCAGACAGCCAUUCAACCAAAUCAACAAUAUUCUUGGGGAUAUGUAUCAACUACUGCAAAUAUAGAUAUAAAAAUAAAUGGCCUAUCAUUAAAUGCUUAG